AUGGCCCCCAGGCGCAAACCCCAACAGCCAGCGAAACAGGUGCCCCCAACAUCUGCACGUGAACGUCUACGCCGCGCCGCGCCUACCCGCGAUACAGGAGGUCACAGCGAGUCCACACUGCCACCUAUGCCAAGUACCCGUCCGAGGGUCCAGCGCGCAGGGAGUUUGUCGGAUCUAGCACCGGCACACUCGCCAGGCCCACAGGAAUCAACAGAGCGUCGGGAUGGUCCGGCCAUGACUUCAGAUGAUGAGAAUGACCAAAAUGUUGAAGUCGAAUCGCCGCAGUAUGAUUCUGACCCCCCGAUAGACGCCUCGCAGAGCACUGUGCGCAAAUCUCAAUCGGAGCCCGUUCGACCCCAAUCCCAGGGAAAGCGUCGCGCCGAUGCGCUCUCAGAUCUGCCGCCUUUCGUGCGGCCGCCGAUGAUGAUGCUCCCCCGAAAAAGAAAUAUCGCAAGAGACUUCCCGCCCCAAACACCAGUGUUGCCGCCGAUGAAACCGCCGCCCAUCAUGCGCGGCUUAGGGAGCUGGUCAGCUGGCACCUUUUUAGAUGGUACACCGCCACAGACAAAUCCCACGAGUUGA